AUGGAUAAUCAGGACUGGAACAUGCUUGAUUACGAAGAUCUUGGUAUUCGACCAUUUCAGUGGGACAGAGAUUUAAAUGAUAAAACAGCCACAACAGCAUCCAUGUUCAUUAACGAUGAAAAAGAAGAAUAUACCUAUGAUUUGACAGUUGGCUCGGCUGAAUUUUCAGCUUCGAAAAAAUCUGAUGAAAAUAAUUUAUCCGAAAAUGAAGAAUGUGAACGAGAUCCUGAAACAGGUGAAAAAAUCUUCAGUGGUCAUUUACAAGACGUUGUCCCCAGCGACGAAAAUCUUCCAUCAGCACUUUCUGUGAAAUGGUUAGAAGAUUAUUUUUCAAAUAUUGAAACUAAUUUAUCGCCAACAUCACUUCAGCUGUUGCCAAUAUCAUCUGAAAUUGAUAAUAAACAAGAAGAUAAAUUAUCAUUUCCAACAUUAUCCUCAGAUGAUAUAAAUUGGUUCAAUGAUCUACUAAAUGAUCAAGGCGUUUACGAUCCUGAAUCGACAGUUGUUCCCGCAAUAACAUUAAAUUCCUAUAUGUUCGACUCACCGAAUAUGAUGUCAAUAUCACCUACACCGGGAUUUCUCAUAACAAAUACCACUACGUAUAGUCCAAAUCAAAUAACAACCACCACUAAUGAACAGGAUCAAUAUAAUAGAAGAAGAAGUAUUAUCGAAUCUGUCGAGGAAAAUCUUAUAUCAAGAAGAGAUUCGAAUGAUACAAUAAAUUCGUUAUCAGCUUAUUCAAGACGUUUAUCAAAACAAUAUGAUAAUAAUAAUACUAGUUCACUAAUGUUUUCAUCAGCAGCAGUAGAAAAUUCACGUCUAAGUUUAUCAUCAGAAUAUGAAACAGAUUUGCCAUCAAAUAAUCAUACAAUACCACUUCAUUUAUUAGAUAAUGAUUCAACAACUAGUGAUAGUGGAAUAACAUUUGAUGAAAAUUCAAAGGAUCAUCAACGAAUACAGACAAAAAUUGAGCCAUUUGAUGAUAUUUCAUCAAUUAGUACAGAAGAAUCAAACGAUCGAAGAAUCUUGCAUGCAUUUCGUACAUCAACUCGUUCGAAACGACAACGAGAUGAAGAAACAUUACGUCGAUAUAAUAUACAAAUGUCAUUAAAUGAAGUAACACAAUUUUCAACAGAGGAUUAUAACAAAAGAUUGUCAGAAAUGAUAUUUACAAAUGAACAAUUACAGGUUAUCAAAGAUAUCAGACGUCGUGGUAAAAAUAAGGUUGCUGCACAAAAUUGUCGAAAACGAAAAGCUGUAAAUGUUGAAUCAUUACUUGAAGAAGUUGAUGAAUUAAAACGUGUUAAAAUAACACUUGAAGAAAAACGAAAGACUUUAGGAGAACAAAUUAUGAAUGCACAACUAGAAUAUGAAACUUUAUACAAACAAUAUUUACCCAGUAAAAAAAUGCCACCAUUAGCUAUCCUAACUAAAUAA